UGACCUACAACACACACCGAGGCCCACAGCAGGUUGUGAGGCGUUUAGCACACUUUCUAGUUGAGGAAUUUCCAUUUGAUUACACCACUUCACACGUUGUGCACCACUUUAGGAUGGGUCUCGUCUCUGCGCCGCUCUAAGAUCUCGCGGGAUCUAAGACUGGGUGAAAAAAAAAAGGUGGUUCCUUGCUGCACCGGGCUGACAGCGGAGAGCUGCUGCACAGGUAGCCGACCGGCGGUGCAAGCCUACCAGUCAACCUACCGACGCUGCGUGCGUGACCCGAUUGGAGUAUCAGCGUCGGCCACAUCACAUCCCGCUCAGGUCACCUUAGCACUUUCCCACCGGCAUCUUCCAUCUCCCAUCUCCAGAGAUGAUACCUGGCAAGCGAAGAAGUGCUAUAAUGUCCUUCUCGGUGGCGAUAUUUGGAGCACUGAUGCUGCAGUCUGUUUCUUCCCAGAACGCGGGCUUUGUGAAGUCCCCCCUCUCUGAGACUAAGCUCACAGGGGACACCUUUGAGCUGUACUGUGAAGUGGUGGGCAACCCCACCCCGGAAAUCCAGUGGUGGUACGCUGAGAUCAACAGAGCUGACUCCUUCAGGCAGCUGUGGGACGGUGCCCGCAAACGACGGGUGUCCAUCAACACGGCCUAUGGCGCCAAUGCAGUGAGCGUGUUGAUCGUCACUCGUCUCGCGCUGGACGAUGCUGGGACCUAUGAAUGCAGAGCCAGCAAUGACCCGCGACGCAACGACCUGCAUCAAAAUCCAGUCAUCACCUGGAUCCGCGCUCAGGCCACUAUAACAGUGUUGCAGAAGCCAUCAAUCAGCUCCUCUGACCACAUUACACUUCCUACGGAGUCCCACAGUCCCCCGAUCACCCUGCAGUGCAACCUGACUAGCGCCCACACCGUCUACAAGGACAGCUACUGGAUGAAGAAUGGGGAGGAAAUCCCAGAAACACGCAGCUCAAACAGGAACACUGAGUACAAGCUGAACAAACCGAGAGGAGAAGACGCCGGAGUGUACAUGUGUGUUUACUCCUUCGAUAAGAUUCCCUCAGCCAAUGCCACCAUCGAAGUUAAAGCUAUUCCUGACAUCACAGGCUACAAGCGCAGUGAAAAUAAGAAUGAGGGCCAGCAUGCUGUUCUCUACUGUAAGUCUGUGGGUUAUCCUCACCCCAUCUGGACCUGGCGCAAGUUGGACAGCGGCAUUUCCAUGGAUAUUGAUAACACAUCAGGACGCUUCUUCAUCAGUAACAAAGACAACUACACUGAGCUCCAUAUUCUCAACCUGGACAUUGGCUCAGACCCUGGGAUAUACCAGUGCAAUGCCACCAACAUGAUUGGCAGUGACUGGGAGACCUCUGUGCUGAGGGUGCGCAGCCACUUGGCCCCCCUCUGGCCUCUGCUUGGGGUUUUGGCUGAGAUCAUCAUCCUGGUCGUCAUCAUCGUUAUUUACGAGAAGCGCAAGAAGCCGGAAGAUAUACAAGACGAUGAUGAACCAGCCGGACCUGUGAAAACCAACUCAACCAACAACCACAAAGACAAGAACCUCCGCCAAAGGAAUACAAACUGAGCAGACCGUCGGCUAAGUAUCGUUGCGUGUAUGUAUUGACCAUAUGAAGGUAAACAAGAAGGGAAUCCAUAACAAAUGUUAAUAAGAUUUAUCUGCCAUUCAAGUAUGGUCGUGGAGGAGCUAAAUGGCUGUACUGUAUGAGGCAUGCCUUAUGAUUUUAUUGUGUGAGGGUGAAGGGGAUCAAGAGAGACUCAAACCAUUAUAGAAUUGUUAACAUUAUAACCAUUGUUGCUGCAUGCAGUUGUUGACGUUUAUGAUUUUUCUCCCUCCUAUCCAGUAAUUUUACAUUGUUACUAACUCUGAAGUAAUGCAUGCAAGAUGUUGACCUUCUGUUUGACACAGAAAUGGCUUUUCUUUUCUCUGAGAGCGGCUUCAUGUAGAUAACCUGUAUCGUGUGUUCUAGGGGAAAACAAAAACUUGGCAGUGUAAAAGAAAAUGCCACCGUAAUCUGGUAUGACAGUUAUGUACAGUUUUAUCAUUCCGCUGCAUACCAUUUUAUAAUCACUAUCAUUUUAUCAGAUAUUAUCUAUUACAUUUUAAGGGCUUUGCAAUGUCCCUCUAAAUUUAAUUGAGGUUUAUUUUAUUGUAUGUAUGUACUGUAUGUAUUAAAUCACUAUAACUACUUAAAUCACCAUUAAUAUAAAGACUAUUCAUAAUGUAUGAUGCACUUAAAUGUUGAGAAUAAUGGAAAAAUUGUAUAAACCUACUUUAGAUCUGUACUCAAAUCAUUCUAACAUAUUGUUUUUUAAAAUUAUGUGUACUUUAUAGCAUGGCUAUUAUCCUAUGCAAUUAUUACUCAUCAAUAUAUUGAAAAACAUUGCAGCUUUUGAUUUCUCUGUGACAAAGCUUUAAACUAGUAGGAUCACCUUAGAGCAUUGAUGGCAUACUACACACGGCUGCAUGAAUUCUCUAUAGCUGACGCUGGAGCCAUUGAGAGAAGACCUACAGCACGACUGACACGUGUAAAGCAAUUCCAAGAUCCCAAGUCAUUUUUAAGAAUAAAUAUCUCAAAAAGA